AUGGCGACGCUCGUACUCGACACUGUGCCCCAGCCGCACGUCCUCACCAUCGCAGGGAGCGAUUCUGGCGGUGGUGCCGGCAUCCAGGCCGAUCUCAAGACCAUUGCCGCCCACGGGUGCUAUGGCUCGUCUGUUAUUACUGCCUUGACGGCCCAAAACACCUUGGGUGUGCAGGCGGUCCACACUGUCCCGCCAGAGUUUGUCGUCGAGCAGCUCAAGUCGCUCUUUGACGAUGACCUGAAGCCCCUCGCGAUCAAGUUUGGCAUGCUGGCUGGCGAGUCGACGAUUGCCGCGCUUGCAGACUACCUCUCUGCCCUUCCCUCCCGCCCCUUCCUCGUCCUCGACCCCGUCAUGGUCUCGACCUCGGGCCACCACCUGCUCCCGGACGCGGCCACCCAGACCCUCGUCUCGCGUCUCCUGCCUCUUGUCGACCUCGUGACCCCAAACAUUCCCGAGGCGCAGGCGCUGGCACAGUACGGCGAGCAGGUGCAGAGCGUGCAGGACAUGCUCAAGCUCGCCGAGGCCGUGCGUGGCCUGACCAACCGCGCCGUGCUGCUCAAGGGCGGCCACCUGCCCCUGCCCCGCGCGCAGGUCGCGGCGCUGGCCACGUCCGAGGGCCUGGACGUGCAAUGGGACGAGGCGGGCGAGGAAGGCGUGCGCGUUAUUGAUGACUUUAGGCAAACUCUCAACCUGGCCGCCACGUCGCCUACUGUCGUCGUUGACAUUCUCGCGUCGCCCGCCGGUGUCCGCCUCUUUGCCGGCAAGCACGUCUCCAGCUCGAGCACGCACGGCACCGGGUGCACGCUCUCGGCGGCGCUGGCGAGCCAGUAUGCCAUGGAGAACACGGCUGCUGGCGCCGAGGCCGAGGAGGGUGACAAGAACCUCUCGCCAGCGGGUGUCCGCCGUGCCAUCGAGUACGUCCAGUCGGCCAUCGCCACUGCGCACCCCAUGGGCAGGGGCCACGGCCCGCUCAACCACUCGCACUUGACUUCGCGCCGUGCUCUUCCUCCACCAACGGCGCACAACCCCACCCCGUUUGUCUCGCACCUCAUCCGCUCGUGCCCCGAGCUGUGGGACGAGUACAUCCGCCACCCCUUCGUCGUCCAGCUCGGCGAGGGCACGCUCCCGCGCAAGUCGUUUGAGCACUACAUCUCGCAGGAUUACCACUACCUUGUCCACUACGCGCGUGCCCACGCCCUCGGCGCGUACAAGUCCACCACGAUGGAGGACAUCAAGGCGUUCAGCGAAAUUGCGCUGCACAUUGCCCGCGAGUCGACCAUGCACGUUGCUUACUGCGAGCAAUUCGGCAUCACCAAAGCCAAGCUCCUCGCCACGCCCGAGGCGGCCGCGUGCGCCGCGUACGCGCGCUACAUCAUCGACGUCGGCACGCAGGGCGACGUGCUGGACGUGUACGUCGCCGUCGCGUCCUGCCUGAUCGGGUACGCCGAGGUCGGCCUGUGGCUGAAAUCGCGCAUCGCGACGGGCGAGACAAAGCUCGAGGGCAACCCGUAUGCCCGCUGGGUGGAGGACUACUCGGGCGAAGAGUUCCUCGGCGCCGUCAGGAGGGGUAUCGCCAACCUCGAGGCGCGCGUCGCUGCCGACCCGCCCUCGCCCGAGAGGCUGGCGCGGUUGACCGAGGUGUGGACGGAAUGUGUCCGCCUGGAGCGCAACUUCUGGGAGAUGGGCCUCAAGGUCCUUUGGUAG